GCCCCUCAGCCCCAGGCGCGCGGCUCCUCCCAAAGGAGAAGGGGUCGGACCCUGCUUGUUCUCCUUUUAUUUCGCUCCCUUCACAGCCACCAGUCAAGAAAGGCUGAAAUGGAGCCUUUCCCCAGCGCUCCCCUCGGGGUUAAUCGCGGCUGCAGCUCUGUGCUGCCGCUGGCCCCAGCGCCAACAUCCCCGCAGCCCCGCAGGCCUUUGCUGUCCCCCCGUGUCCAUUCGCUGUCCCCGAGUCCCGCCCGGCUCUGGCAGCAGCAGCAGCCGCAGCGCAGCGGGCGCCGGCCCGGCCCAGCCGCGGCUCCCGGCCAGGAGCAGCAGCAGCGCCGGCCCCUUCCCCCCUGCUCCUGCCUCGCCUGCCAAGGGCCUUUUCCAGCUGGACUCUGCACUGCAGCAGCCAUCACCCACACACAGCCCUGACUGCCCAGGGCCCGCCUGGGCUGCCCUCAGCAGCCUCCAGAGAAAGAAAGGCUCGGCUUCCAGCGCUCUUUGCAGCGCUCUUUGACUCACCCUCAGGUGACAGCAGCAGGCUGCUCUUGCCUUUGCCUCGGCAAUUGGAGAUGGCGCCUGCUCUUGCACCCUUCUGGCUGCCACCUGAAUUUGAGCAGCUCAACUGCAAUUGCCUUUUUCCAUCAUUGCUACCCACUGUGCUUUUGUGACAGUGAACUCAGGAUUUUUGUGGCAGGCACCAUGAUAAGAAGAGACUGAAAUGCUCCCAAGUCCCUGGGCACUGAGUCGAGGGGAAUUAAAGCCACACAGGCCACGUUUGCAGAGCUCCAACACAGCCCUGAUGCUGCUGCUGCUGAAAUCAAAUCAACUUACAGAGGCCAUCACAGAAAUUGCCCUCUGGAGUGUCAAAUAAAAGGAAAAAAAAAAACAACAGGAGAAAGACAAACCUCAACUUCUUCACUCGCUUCAUUGCUUCCUCUGAACAGCAGAAAAUGGGAAUGCCCAGAGGUAUUUGCAGCUGCUGCUGAUCCCAGCUGCAGCUCAGCCCUGUGCAGAGUCCCAGCAGGAAGCUGAGCCCAGCCCGGGGAGCUCACACAGUGUCAGGGAGAUUCUUUCUCUGAAUUCACUCAGCCUUGCAUUCCCCAGCUACGCCUGGUUACCACCUCCUGUUUUCUUGGCUUAGAACAGCAACAGUGAAACCUUACCAAUGGCACAACUGCCCAGUUCACAAGGAAAAGGACAGAGAAAUUGUAAAGUUCUCCAGACAUUUGUCCUGCUUUGCUGGAAAAGUCGUGCUGCACUCACAGGAUGGAAAUCCAAGAGAAGCUGGAGUUGCUGGCCCAUCUUGUGACAGAAGCUGGACCUCGUUCUCCAUGAAAGGUUCUUGGAAAGAGCAGCUGGGACUGUGGAGAAGAUUGCUGGAAAACGGAAACAGCUUUCCAGAAGUGAAAUGAAAAUGAAAGAAACAAACCAAGCUGUUUUCCUCUAUUUCUUUCUAUGCUUCCCUUUUCCAUGUUGCACUACUUGUCCAUGCCAUUAAUUCCAAAGGGAUGUCACCUCGAAGAUUGGUGACUUAGUGAGUUUUAGACACUCUAAAGUACCAUGGGCUGUACACACAGUUUGCCUUCCCCUGUUUUUGUUGUCAAGCAAUGCUGGAGACAUAAGUGUAGUGCUUGGGUCGGGCACGAAUCCUGCAGGCAGGGAAUGUGCCCCGGCAGUGUGUGUGCCUGAGCAGGGACAAUGCAGAGCAGCAAGCGAGGGGAUUCCUCUGGCACCGCGCAGGAGUCAGGACUCUGGGUCUGGGCUGCACAGGGCCAAGUUCCCGUGUUUGGACAGGCUCAGGGGCUGCCCCCGGGGCGCGCGGGGCUCGGCCGUGGAACGGACACGCGGACAAACGGCCCCGGGGCUUCGGCGGCAGCGGCGGCAGCGACUCUACAGAGUCUACGAACUCUGCGACCCUCCCCAUCUCUCGUUCCUCCUCUCCCUCUCCCUCUCCCACAUUCCUGCACUCUCUCCCGGUGUCCCUUUCCCGGUCUCCCCAGCCCCUCUCGGUGUCCCCGUCCCGGCCUUUCCUUCUCCCCUGCCGGGCCGGGCCAUGCCCCCGGCCCGCCCCCGGCCCGGGCGGGGCUGCCCCGGCCCCGUCCCCGGGCGUCCCCCCGCGGUCUCGCCUGGGCCCGGCUCUGGCCGUGCUGGCGGUGGCGCUGCUGGGCAGGGAUCAGUGCCUGGGGCUGGGGCGGCAUCGCCGCCCUUUGGCUGCGCCUGGGCCGGGCACGGCCUCGGCCCCGGUGCCGACCCCGAGCCCGGCGCCGCCUCCUCCCGGGCCCCGCGGAGGACACACGCGGCGCGGCCGCUCCCGCCGCCUCCGCUGCGGCUUCCCCGGCCCGAGCUCCGCCGCUCGGCAGCGCAGCCGCCGGCCCCGAACCGCCGGGGCCCGGCGCGGGUGGGGAUGCCCGGCCCGGGCCGCUCGGGGGGCGCUCGGGGGCCGUGUCUGGCCCCGGGCCGAGCGCUGACGGCCGCGUGUCGCCCGCAGGGAAGGCGCAGGAGGCCCUGCAGGACCGGUACCGGCUGGGUUCGCUGCUGGGGCGCGGAGGAUUCGGCAGCGUCUACUCGGGGACACGAGUGUCGGACGGCGCCCCGGUGGCCAUCAAAUGCGUGCCGCGGGAUCGCAUCCGGCUCUGGGGCGAGCUGCCCAACGGCGCCCGUGCGCCCCUGGAGAUCGUGCUGCUGGACAAGGUGUCCGCUGGCUGUGCUGGUGUCAUUCAGCUCCUGGAGUGGCUUUAUCUCCGCAACAGCUUCUUGUUGGUGCUGGAGCGUCCGGAGCGGUGCCAGGACCUGUCGGCUUUCCUGGCAGAGCGGAGGUUCCUGCCGGAGGAGGAGGCGCGGGCGCUGUUCCGCCAGGUGCUGGAGGCCGUGCGGCACUGCACCAGCUGCGGGGUCCUGCGCAGGGACAUCAAGCCCGAGAACAUCCGGCUCGACUUGGCCACCGGAGAGCUCAAACUCAUCGACUUUGGCUGUGGCGCCUUCUGUUGCCUUCAGGCUGUGGAUGAGGGGGAGGAAGAGUCCCAGCUGCCUUCCCGUUACAUUCCGAAAUCUUCCGCGGCGCCUGUGUCCUUGCCUGUCACAGCCUUCCUCCAAGACACAGCCUACACCCAGUUGGCAGGAACCCUGUCCUACAGCCCACCAGAGUGGAUCCACCAGCAGCGCUACCACGGCAAGGCAGCAACGAUCUGGUCCCUGGGCCUCCUGCUGUACCACCUGGUCAUGGGGAAGCACCCGUUCAGGAGGGGCCAGCAGAUCAUCUGGGGCCGCAUCUUGUUCCCACGAUGGCUCUCUCCAGAGUGCCAGGAUGUCAUUAAGAGGUGUUUGUCCAUGCAACCCUUGGACAGGCCAUCCUUAGAAGACCUCUUCAGUGAUCCUUGGCUGCAGGGUGUUCAUCUGCCCUAGAAGAUGGGAGAGGUCCAUGUGCACAAUUGGAUCCAAAACCUGGCAGGGAAGGAGGAGGCCCUGGAGAAGCUCUGUCAGGUGGGGCUGCUGCUGGAGACACCAAGGACAACCUCAGGGAUGACAAUCUCUUCCUCCACCUGGUCAGCAGCAGCUGAAGAUGAUGGAGUUUGAUUCUGGCACCUUCUUCAGAGACACGCUCCAUGCCCAAUCUGCAGCCGGGCUCUGCGGGUGCUGAGGCUGCUCUGGGCUCUGCCAGGGCUCUGCUGGGCUCAGCCCUGGGCACGGCUGGGCUCGCUCUGCCCUCACAUUGCUCUGACAGCUUUGCAGCACACCAGCCCCUUCUGAGCACAGCGCCUGAGCUUUCUGCUUUGGCAGCUGAGUGAGACUCUCCUGCUGGCCCAGAGAUUGCAGGUAGGGAUCCACAUCCAAUUGGCAAGAACCCAAACACUCCACAGUCCCAGCUGAAUGCCUGGAUCUUCACGGGAUGUUUUGUCUGUCCCACUCUUCCUUCCUU